AUGAGUGAUCCUGCUGAUGUUAUCGAUGCUCAAGAUGCUGUCUUUGAGAUUUAUGUUCGUAUGAAUGAAGAACAUGAAAAGGAUUAUUGUUUCAAUGUUGGUAUAAAUGAUACUUUCGAGUCAUUAUUUAAGAUCUUUGAUUCUUUGAAGAUCAGUUUAAGACCAAAUAUCUUUCAUGAACAAAGACCAAUUGGGUUCAAAGUUUCUGACUCUCCAGGUUAUUUAACUGAUAAUGGUGGUUUGUUAUUCAGUUAUAAUGCUGAUAAAUUCACUAAAAAUGUCAAGUUAACUGACAAGAUUAGUGAUCAUUGUUGGCCAGGACAUUUGGUGUUGCCAAUUUGGAGAGAAGAUUAUUUCACACAUUAUGCAAUCAUUUCUUUAAUACUCGUUUGGUUAUACACUGAUUUACCAGAUUUCAUUAGUCCAACACCAGGUAUUUGUUUAACAAAUCAAAUCAGUAGAGCUUUGGCUCGUGUUGCUGUUCGUUUUGAUUAUCCCCAAUUAGCUGCAGAUUUAAUCACUGAAACUACACCAAACUCAACUUCCAAAACUGCACAAAUUAUCUUCUUUAUCUUCCAUAUUGUGAAGAGUUUGAUGAUUUACCUUGUUUUAUACAGUGGGUUAUUCAAUCCAUACUGUUUAAACCCAAUUAAAAUGCACAAAAUUGCUUCUAAUGACAAGUUGGAUGAAAAGAAGAAACUUGAAUUGAUUUCAUUAGGUUGGACCGGCACAAGAAAAGCCACUUUGGAUGAAUACAAAGAGUUUUACAGAGAAUAUAAAAUCAAAGAAGUUGGUGGUAUUGUCAAAGCUAGUAAGAUGGGAUUAUUUGAAAAAUUAAAAGAACCAGGUGUUAAUUUAAAAUUUGGUGAAGGUUUCCAAUCAGACUUGUCAAAUAAAACUACAUUAAAAGAUUUAGAAGCCAAUCCUGAAAAAUUCAUUUUGAACUUUGAUUGGUUUGCAUUAGUUGGUGAAAACUAUGAAAAUUAUUUAGCCACUGAAUCAACUGAUAAAGCUCAAGAUGUCAAGAAUUUCAGAAGAUAUGGUCCAUUAGUUGCAAGUGAUCGUAUCAAGAAAAUUGUUGAAGGUAGAAAAGAUAAACCAGAAUUACUCAAAUUAGCUGAAGGUAAAUCAUGA